AUGUGGCAGUGGACCAAGUGCUGACGUUUGCUGCCUGUGAGAGCCAGCGUUGUGUGAAUGUGAGCUGGCCAAUGACCUGGUCAGUGAACCGGAGGAGACCUUCUCUCUCAGUCUCACACGGUCCACCAGAUCUCACAUCUCCUUCACCUCCGCCACUGGAGUGGUGGUUAUCACCGAUGACGAUGAUAGUCCAGCUGGGGUCAGUUUCCUCCCAGUGAACGCCACAGGAGUGAGGAUCUCCUGGAGUGGCAGUGUCCACCUCCCCACCUCCAUCCACUACACCGUCUCUCUCUCCACCACCGGCAUCAUCAUGAGCCAAUACAACAGGGUCUACCCACCUGGAACCACCUCCGAUGUCGUGGUCUUGGAUGAUGACAUCACCCUUACAGACGAAUAUGUGCACAAUUUAACCCUCCACUACAUCUCUCAGAACUAUGAUGUCCCAGGAACUCCAACAAUUGCCUUCUUCACUUUCGAUAAGAAGGACUUUCAGAUUCAGUUUGGACCAUUCCACUUUUGCCUGGAUUGGGGACUGGAAAAGACAGUUCGCAUUGAGAAGCAACUGCAGAGUUAUUUGAUUCAGAUCCUCCGUAAGGAUUGUGCCGAUUGCUAUGGAUUAACCCCGUCAUUCCUGAGACCAGGACUGUUUCUCUGCCACAGUAACCCCACCAAGACCACCUACCGCUCCACCCUCGUUAACCCUUUCCCCACCACAAACUCCACCCACCUGGUGGACAUUAUUCAGAGUUGGGUGUCCACGGGUCCGUCCCUCGUUCUGGACGGUCUGCUGGUGAGGGUGAGUCCGGCCUGCCCCACCUCUAUCUCCAGUCUCGAUGAAGAAGAGUGUGAGAAUGGUACCACACAUGACCCACAGCUGGGGGACAGGAUUACUCAGACUCUCAAUGCCUGUGCUCUGAAGAACCUUGGAGAGGAGGUCUGCAGGCUUGGUGGCUGCUGAGUUGCGGACACAUACUUAGUUAUAGUUAGCUUGCUAUGUCGUUGAAUGUAUUAUGUGGGACUCAUUUUCAACUAAGGUAGCAAGCAAAAAAGUACAUGCAAGUUUGUAUCUAGAAAAAUGUAUGAUAUCCCCCACUACGUUAUCGCACAUAUGCAGCAUCAAGUAUCAUAUAACAGUGAAGAAGAGAGAGAACGAGCGGCCUCGCUCAGCUC